CCUCGGACGCCGUCGGUUUUGCCGAGGUGACAGCGACCGCCCCCUGUGACUCUCCACUGUCCAUGGAUUUGCAUCGGUCCAGACCACCUUGCCAUGGCACAGCCCACAGUUUUGCUGGAGUACUUCUGCUCCUCGUCUCAUCCUCAGCUGCAUAUAGCCGCGUGCUGCUGCUGCCUUUUCUUCCCCCACCUGCUUGAUUCUUGCUUCUUCUUCGAUUCGUACGUGGCUCCUGCUGCGUGCGAGGUUGUUUGGUGCCAGAAAGGUCGGGUCUUGCGAGGUUGUUUGGUGCCAGAAAGGUCGGGUGUUGCGAGGUUCUUGACUCCGUGCGUGAUCGAUGAAGGUGGAGAGGGGCGCGGGGGGAGUGGAGGUGGAGGUGGUGGCGGAGCCCGCCGCCGCCAUGGCCGUGGCGGCGGCGGAGGAUCGCGCCGCAAAGAGGAGGCGCGUGGCGGGGGGCAGGAGGGCCGGAGGAGGAGGGGGCGUGGGUCGGCGCGCGAGGACGAGGCGCGUGCAGGCGGGUGCGGCGGCCAUGCAACGGCUCUUCCAGGCGUGCCGCGCCGUGUUCAGGGGGCCAGGCACCGUGCCCGCGCCCGGCGAGGUCCACCUGCUCCGCGCCAUGCUCGACAGAAUGAAACCAGAAGAUGUUGACCUGAGUCCAGACCUCAAAUUCUUCAGGACUAGGGAUGCUGCUGAAGGAACCCCAACAAUUACACAAACGACAAUAUACAAAUGUCCAAAUUUUUCGAUGGUUAUCUUCUUCUUGCCACCAAAUGCGGUCAUCCCUCUUCACAAUCACCCUGGAAUGACGGUGUUCAGCAAACUGCUCCUCGGAUCGAUGCAUAUAAAGUCAUAUGACUGGGUUGAUCCUGAUCCUGAUCCUUCCAUGAGCAGCUGUUCAUCGUCAUCCGAUGAUCAAUAUUUAUUUUCUGCAGUGAGAUUGGCAAAAGUGGUGGUGGAUGAUGUUUUUACAGCGCCGUGCAAUACCUCAGUCCUAUAUCCGACAGCAGGAGGGAACAUGCACCGGUUUCGGGCCAUUGUACCUUGUGCAAUUCUCGACAUUCUUGGUCCCCCGUACUCCAUAGAAGAGGACAGGGACUGCACGUACUACACCGACAUACCGUAUACACACCAUUCGACAGCAGCAGACGGGGUCGGUGACCUCACCAGCGUCGAGCAAGAUCGAGGUCGUCUGGCAUGGCUGAAGGAGAUUGACAUGCCGGGGGAGCUGAAGAUGUGCAGCGUCCAUUAUGGCGGCCCGCCGAUCUCCGACAAGUGACCGCCGGCCGUCGCCGUGCACGCCCGCCCUCUUUCUCCGGCCGUUCUUCCUACUGUAGAUGCAAAUGCAUGUCUGAAGUCAGAAAGAACACGUGAUAUUAGCAAAAAAGGAAAAAAAAUUAGAAACACUCGUGUUGAAAAACAAAUAAAUGGAAACACAUGUUUCACGCCAAUAAACUGUUUUCCCUCGGAUUUUUUUUAAAAAAAACUUUUUUCGAGAUAUACA